UAGAUUAUGCUAGCCAUGUUAUAGUGCUUAGGUUUUUGAGUUCAAGCAAACUUGACAUAAAAGCUUCGUCUGUCAAGCCUUAGUGCCGUGGCAGGUUUAUUCUUGUGUGGUGUCUACCACAAAAGAUUUUCACAUCUUCACAAUCGGUUUAUGAAUGCUAACACAACAAGUUCAGAAUGGACACGAGACGUGGUAUGCGGACGCCCGCCACCAUGAAUGAGAGUCAAGAUCAGAAAGACGUUACAACUGGGGAUCUUGUUAUUGAAAUUGCUGACAGCGAUACCCCAGAAGCCUCUACCUCCGAGAAACCACAAGGCGACACCAGCACUGCUGACGAAACACUUAACGCUCAAGCAAAGAAGGAGACGGUCCUCAGUGAUGGAGAAGCCCACAUCCUGCGUGAGCUGGAGAAGCAGGUGUCGAAUAGCGUGGACUUGGGCUCUGAGAUUGACUACAAGACCUUCAAGAAGAUCCUCAGAGUCAAAGACUCGUUUUUUGGAGAGAGGUAUUUCAAGCUGUUCGACACAAACAAGAGCGAGACAAUCGAGGUGUCUGAACUCCUUGCGUCCCUCAGGAAGCUCACACAGGCGAACUCAACAGAAAAACUCAACUUUCUCUUCCAAGUGUACGACCAGAAUGGCGAUGGUUUUAUCGACAUCGAGGAGUUACGGACGGCGUUGCGGUCGUGUAUGGUGGAGAGCUCGGUGAAGCUGGGAGAGGAGGAACUGGACAUGCUGACUCAGGCAUUAUUCGAAGAAGCAGAUGAAGACAACAGUGGGCAGAUUACCAUUGACGAAUUGUCAGCGGUGAUUCAGAAGAACCCGGGAGUAAAGGAGAAUCUAUCUGUAGGUGUAGAACAAUGGCUCAAACCGCCCACUAAAGCCAAGAAGAAGGGAAAUCGGCACCUGACGAAAGCCUACUUCCUCAACAACCUCCGCAAAAUAUCCUUCUUCGCCAUAUUGAUGCUCCUCAACUGCAUCCUGUUUGCUGUGGGCUGCUGGAACUACCGGACAUCCAACUGGUGCAUCAUAGUAGCCAGAGGAUGCGGCCUCUGUCUCAACUUCGACUGCACCUUCAUAGUUGUUCUAAUGCUCCGGAAGUGCAUCACCUGGCUGCGUGCGACGCCUGUUGGUCACCUGCUUCCGCUUGACCAGCAUAUCAUGUUCCACAAGUUGACGGGCAUCUUAAUCAUGCUGUUUACUAUUCUUCAUACUGGAAUGCAUAUCGGGAACGCAAUCAUGGUAGCCGAGAGUCAGUACAACCUGACAGUGCCUGCCUUCAUCUUCACCACACAAGCGGACAUCGGCUGGGUGGCCGGCUUCGCUCCUCUCUCUGGUGUUCUGCUCGUCGUCGUCUUCGUCAUCAUGUUCAUCUGUUCCAUGCCCUUCGUCAGGAGAAGUGGCUGUUUUGAGGUGUUCUACUGGACACACAUGCUGUAUAUUCCCUUCUGGGUGCUGUUGAUCCUGCAUUGCCGAUACUUCUGGAUGUGGUUCAUCGUUCCUGGCUUAAUGUUCCUCUUGGAGAAGCUGUUCCGCUCCAAAAUGAUCAAGAGAGUGCGAUACGGCAACAGCUUCAUUCUGGAGGUCAACCUACUCCCCUCAGAGGUGACACACCUUGUUAUAUCCAAGCCGCCGAACAUGCGGUUCCAGCCAGGGGACUAUCUCUUCAUCCAGAUUCCUGACAUCGCUAGCUCAGAAUGGCAUCCAUUCACCAUCAGCAGUGCCCCGGAGUUGGAAGAUCGCCUGUGGCUGCACGUGCGGUCAGCGGGACAUUGGACAAAGAAGCUCUAUGAAUAUUUCAACACUUACGAGGCCAAGAAAACAACUCAACAUAAGGCACAUGUCAAUAAAGCGUUUGACAAGGCGACAUCUGACGCCCAUCGCAACGUAGACACUACCGUCAGCAUCCGGUCCGUCCAACUCAUUACAGAUUUCGCCAAGUCAAGAAAAUUUAAAAAAUCUUACAAGUCACGAAAAUCUACCUACAAAAGAAAGGCUGAGACACAUAAAGUUGUCAACGUGCAGUGCUAUAUAGACGGGCCGUACGGUACUUCCUCACGAGAGAUUUUUGAAACCGAGCACGCUGUUCUGAUUGGCUCCGGUAUCGGCGUGACUCCCUACGCCUCCAUCCUACAGAGCAUCAUGUACAGGUUCAAGGCCUACAAGAGAUGCUGCCCCAGCUGUACCCACUCCUGGUAUGAUGAAGUACCGCCACACGUCAUGAACCUCAAGAAGGUUGACUUCAUCUGGAUCAACCGUGACCAGAAGUCGUUCGAGUGGUUCGUCAGCCUUCUCACUCAGUUAGAAAUGGAACAGACUAUGGAAGGCGGGCUGGGCAACAUGAUCGAGAUGCACAUGUAUAUGACUGCAGCACUUAACAAGACGGACCUGAAAGGAAUCGGCUUACAGAUGGCCCUUGACCUCAUCCAUAAGAAACAAGACAAAGACCUGUUGACGGGGCUGAAAACACGCACACAGCCAGGGAGACCCAACUUCAGAAAGCUCUUCGCCAAGAUCGCAGCUGAGAAGAAGGGGAACGUGAAGGUGUUCUUCUGCGGCCACCCGAUGCUGGGGAAGUCCAUUAAACAACAUUGUGAGGCGUUCGGAUUCAGCUUCUGUAAGGAGAACUUCUAGGCCUGCACCCUCGGACUCAGGUCUCAUAGUGCUUGUCCUCGUAUACAUACUUCCAAAUUCGCUUAACUCUUGCGACACCCUAACCACACUUUAAGGGAAACUGCUGUGAUAUACCUUUGCUUUACGCUGCUGGAACACUCUUCUAGCCUCAUCACGGAUGAGGGCAUUAUACAUGAGCUGCAGAAACUGUAACCUUGAUCCGUCGUAGCUGAAGUCGUGACGAACCAACGUCUUCCAGCCCCAUUGCAUCUGCUUGUUGUAGAGGAUAAGGUUAUAUUUGGGGUUUUGGGUGCAUUGUCCAAAUUUAUAACAUUUCAUGUCCGAGUCAAUGGUGUGUAAGUGUAUUUCCGUUAGGAAUAAAUGUUGUUGGCGUUUGUUGCUUAACGCCGCAUUCAAGAAUAUUCCAGCUAUGUGACGGCGGUCUGUAAAUAAUCGAGUCUUGACCAGACAAUUCAGUGAUUGACAUGAGCAUUGGGUUACGAUGACACGCAUUAA